UGUGUGUCUUCCUUUACGUCCGCAUUCACGAUUUAAAUACGGACGUUCCUGACUCGACAUUUAUCAGUUUUUCUCCGGAUCAACCUGAACUCGACAACAUGAGUGGACGCGGCAAAGGAGGCAAGGGACUCGGAAAAGGAGGCGCCAAGCGUCACCGUAAAGUUCUCCGUGAUAACAUCCAGGGAAUCACCAAGCCCGCCAUCCGCCGUCUGGCUCGCCGUGGCGGAGUCAAGCGUAUCUCCGGUCUCAUCUACGAGGAGACCCGCGGUGUGCUCAAGGUCUUCCUGGAGAACGUCAUCCGUGACGCCGUCACCUACACCGAGCACGCCAAGAGGAAGACGGUGACCGCCAUGGAUGUGGUCUAUGCCCUGAAGAGGCAGGGCCGCACCCUGAGCCAGGCCUUGUACCUCAGACAACGUUUUAAAAUGGCAAGAACCAAGCAGACCGCCCGUAAAUCCACCGGAGGCAAAGCCCCCAGGAAGCAGCUCGCCACCAAGGCUGCCCGUAAAAGCGCCCCUGCCACCGGCGGCGUCAAGAAGCCUCACCGUUACAGGCCCGGUACCGUGGCUCUGAGAGAGAUCCGUCGCUACCAGAAGUCCACCGAGCUGCUGAUCCGCAAGCUGCCCUUCCAGCGCCUGGUCAGGGAGAUCGCUCAGGACUUCAAGACCGACCUGCGCUUCCAGAGCUCCGCCGUCAUGGCUCUGCAGGAGGCCAGCGAGGCUUACCUGGUCGGCCUGUUCGAGGACACCAACCUGUGCGCCAUCCACGCCAAGAGGGUCACCAUCAUGCCCAAAGACAUCCAGCUGGCCCGCCGCAUCCGCGGUGAGAGGGCUUAAACCCGCCUGACCACAGUCUAAACACAACGGCUCUUUUAAGAGCCACACACCUGUCUCAUAAGAGCUCUGUCCUUUUAACAACGAUAUACAUAAUACUCAGAAUGUAAAUAUAAUGAUCUAAAGUCCUAGUAAAACAUAAGUGUGGUCACCAAAACCAACUGCUUUUACACAUUACUUACUUUAAGUUAUGAGUGAUGCCACACUGAAACAUUUAUAUAACAAACCCGGAGUCCUGGGGGUUUUGAACCAGUUGAGUGAGAUCAGUCAUGUCUUCUCUUGUAGAUUAAAGGGCCAGGCUAUCAAACAAGACUAAACUGAGAUUACCUGAAAAUCAUUAUGCAAUCAAAAUAAGUCAAACUCUCCAAUGUGGCUUGAAUGUAAUUA